AUGACUGGAGAAGACUUUAAGAUUAAGAGUGGGCUCGCCCAAAUGUUAAAAGGUGGUGUCAUCAUGGAUGUUGUUACUCCAGAACAGGCUAAAAUAGCUGAAAAGGCGGGUGCCUGUGCGGUGAUGGCAUUGGAAUGCAUUCCAGCAGACAUGCGGAAGUCAGGGAAGGUUUGCCGCAUGUCAGAUCCAAAGAUGAUUAAGGACAUCAUGAACUCCGUUUCCAUCCCCGUUAUGGCGAAGGUGAGGAUUGGCCAUUUUGUUGAAGCUCAAAUUAUUGAAGCUUUAGAAGUGGAUUAUAUUGACGAAAGUGAAGUCUUGACUCCUGCUGAUUGGAUCCACCACAUUGAAAAGGACAAAUUCAAAGUCCCAUUCGUUUGUGGUGCUAAAGACUUAGGUGAAGCUUUGAGAAGAAUUAAUGAAGGCGCCGCUAUGAUUCGUACUAAGGGUGAAGCCGGAACUGGUGAUGUCUCCGAAGCCGUCAAGCAUAUAACGAGAAUUACAGAGGAGAUAAAGACGUAUCAACAAUUGAAGAACGAAGACGACAUUGCAAAAGCUGCUCAGGAAAUGAGGGUACCAGUUUCAUUGCUGAAAGAUGUUCUGGAAAGGGGUAAGUUACCGGUAGUGAAUUUCGCAGCAGGUGGUGUAGCGACGCCAGCCGAUGCCGCAUUGUUAAUGCAGUUGGGUUGUGACGGUGUGUUUGUUGGUUCGGGGAUUUUUAAGUCAUCUAAUCCUGCAAAGUUGGCCAAUGCCGUAGUAGAGGCUACCACUCACUUCGACAAUCCCGCUAAACUGCUGGAAGUAUCCAGUAACUUAGGAGAGUUAAUGGGUGGCGUAUCCAUCGAAUCCAUUAAUCAUGAUUCCAAUGGUGUGAGACUUUCUGAAAUUGGCUGGUGA